CCCACUUUGUACAUUUUUUUUUCUUUUUUCUUAUCUCACCCCUUUUUUACUUUUUCUUUUGUCCAAUAUACCCAUCUGAAAGUACAAAAAAAAAAAUUCAAGAUGACGCACAUGUCUGAUCUCUCGUACCUCCAGCGUGGCGUCAGCACAGGCUGGACCUACAUUUGGUUCAUCAUUUACGUCUUUCGAUGGGACCGCUUUGGCGCCCUCAGUUUACGACGCUUAGGACGGUUCGAACUACGCAGCAUCGUCACAAUACUUGUUUUGAUCUCGUUAGGACUUCAACUUGCAUAUGACCUUGGAAGCGCACGUCUCAAAUACAUUGAAGGUUUUUGGAUUAAUCCUCACACACAGGAGAUCCAAUCCAAACCCGCCCAAGCCUGGAGUGGACAGGACAUUGAACAUGUUGAGCCUCUCUACUAUACAUUAGCUUGCGCCCUCGCUCUGGAGACUUGUGUAUUUUUCUUGCUUCAGGCGUUCUGGUCUUACAUUUCCAAGUCGGUCACGAAAUCAUGCUUUAUGACUAGUUUUGAAUUCAAGGUCAACAUCGCUGCCUCCUGCAUUGUAGUAGCAAUCUUCCCUACAGUUCAGUACCUCUUCCGAAAUGACUUUGUUUAUCGCGAGGUGAUCCCUCAGAUGAUUUUCAGCAUCUUGAUGUUCAUCACUGGAAUCCUGGGUAUCCGAACUCAUUUCAGACUAGUAGCUCUGAUUAAGAACGCAGGCACUAUCUCGAGCGAAACUACACUGAAUGUCUUACAGAAAUUGGAAUAUUUCAAGGACAUGAAUGUGGUGCUGACGUUCAGCUUUUUUGGAUGUGCAUUCCCCCUCAGCAUCAUGUCUGUUGAUGGUUUGCUUAAUAAACCAUUGAUCGCAGAACAUAAAUUUGGGUCAGAUUUUUUGAUUACGAAUCUCAACUUUUUCGAAUUCAUCAUUUGGGUGACACUGACUCUCAUUUUUUAUCCUCGGAAAACUGUCACGGGCUCACACUUUGGUUCCACCAACAUGGAUUCACAAGGUCGAAACGCUCGUCAAUCUGGGGAGACACAUCUCCCUCGAUUCAACACAGUUAAGCCACAGGAUGACGAUUACCACCGCAAACCACUACAUCCUAUGCAUUAUGACCUGGACAAUGAUCCCGUUUGGAACAACGAAGUUAUUAGUGUAGGCAACAGUCAACGCAAGAAUCAGCACAACCGUACUCUCAGCAAUGACAGCCGCCAAGCAACCUUGGUACCAAUGGUUCCAAUCAUCACUACUCCUCCUACUGCAGCAGCUGUUGCAAAGACUUGUUCCACGUCCUUGAAGCUUUCCAACAAGAAGGCAGCAAAUGGAAAUAUGAGCAACAACCUUAGUGUCAGUAAUGAUAGAGCUGAGGUCGUUUCAAAUACGAUCUAUUACCAGGAUGGUCUCGCAAAAGCGCAGCAGCAGUUUCAGCAGCAACAGCAACAACAGGAUAGCGGCCAUGAAACACCCAAUCGCUCUUUUAGCCAGAAUAGUCAACACAGCGUCAAGAGCAGCCAACGAGUCUCCGACAACAUUCCUCAACGUUCAAGCAGUCAGCGUCCGUUGGUCCCCAAAUCUAACAAGAACUAUACGAGACACACGCCAAACAACUCUGCCGACUAUACAGACUAUAGACCUUCGCGCGAAUACCCCUCUCUGACUCAUGAAACUUCCCCUAACCAUUCCGACAACAAUCAUGCCACACUCUCGUCUGGCAAUUAUCGCCAUCAGCAGCAGCAAUACCAUCCACACUACGCUCAUCAAACCUCGAUGUAUAAUGAUGACAAAGCGGGAAUGACUAACAAUACUCGUGCAGCAUCUGCGUUAGCUCAAAGAAACCCGAGUGAGGAGAGUGAUCGCAGCCUGAUACAGAUUGGUUACAUCCGCCCAAUGGAAAUCCAUGAAGCACAAGCCUAUCAACAUACUCCACUUUCGCCUGUCUCUCUUAUAUCUCCUAAAUCUUUUAAUUUCCCUGCUACGCCAAAGUCACCUAUCUCGCCGAAGUCACCCACCUUUACAUCGCGUGGUGGCAACAGCUUUUAUGACGGUGUAAUUGAAGUAAUGUGAGACUUCAACGUCAAAUACAAGCCCUAUAUGAUAGCGCACUCUUUAUGAUAGACUAACACUUGAUUCUUCAUUUUUUUAAUUGUUAACGCCAAAUGCCCUCCUAAUGACAAAUAAAUUUGCAUAUAAUACUAC